AUGGUGCUGAGCAUCACUUCUUACGUAGAUCUGUUAGUGUCAGAAAUGAGCAUAGUACUACAGAAAACAAAUCCUCUGCUUUUGCUAUUCACUGAGUAUACUCGGUACAACUAUGGUGAACCAUGUAAUUAAUUUUGGCUGCAUGGGCUCCUGCCACCACACUCUUCAUCUCCGUGGUGGCAACGAAGACCACAUGAGACCCAACAGUACUAUGAAUAUGCCUUGCCCCUGCACCCUCCACCUCUGCUAUCGCAGCAGACGGCUCUUCAACUGCAACUACCUCGAUUACAAGCACAAAAUCCUUUCCCACAACCAACUCAGAUGCCUGCAGGGCAAGGCCGCAGAAUGAAGUGCACCAACCGUGUCCAGCAGGGACAGCCAUCACUGCAGCUAGGAGAACUGCCGGGAGGCCAAGAACAGCUGGUUCUAGCUAGCAGACAACAACAGUUACCAGCACUAGAGUAUUCAGAGCAACUGGAUCAGGCCGCUUUGAUAUGUUUCCUGUGGGGUCCUCCUGUUAGACUUGGCAUCACAAGCUCCGAAGAAAUAGGCGGAAGAGGCGCGCCUGCCUAUGGGGCCAUGGCUCCUGGUUUUAUAGGCAUGGGCGCUGGACUGGGGGGGAUGCCACAAAACCCAGACCUGCAGGGAGAUUUUACUGUUGAGGAUGAUUCACCAGCCACAGCACUCAAACCAGCAGUCCAAGGAGGGUUCAGCUUGGUUCCCCAAGGAGUCUCCCACUUCCUGGAGUUAAAUCCAUCAGGUCCUGGAACUGCUGUCAUCCUUCCAGAGGGGACCCCGGUGGGCCAAGAAAGCAACAACAAUUUGCCAAGCUCGGGUGGUGAACCUGCAGCUCAGAGCAGAGGAUCUUCAGGGGCUACUCCAGCGGCUGCCACCCCUGAAGUAACUCAAGCGCUCUCUGAUAGUUUCAUGCCCUUUAGUGGCGAGAGCACGCUGCCUCUGGAUGUCCAGCAAGGAGCUGCUGUGGAUCCUACCAUGCCCCCUGAUGCCCAACAUACGCUCGUGACAGGGAAUGAGGCCAACAGUUCAUACAAGAUGCCUGGCAUUUCCAAGAGCCCUGAGUGUAUUGAAGAAACACACCACUUCUGUAGUGUUCAUGUAUUUGCUAUCCCUGAUGCACUGGCAAAAAGAUCUACAGUCUGCUUCUAUGGAGGUUGCACUGUCACCAAACACGAUCAGUGA